AUGGCAAUCGCUUUCGUGUCCGAUAAAUUGCAACACCGGCUCGCCUUUACUAUCUUUCCGAUGCUGGUCUCCAUGGCUGGGCUUGGGAUCCUACUCAACGUACACGGCGAGGACAACACGGACAUCCAGUAUGGAGCGCUCUUCCUGGUCACAGCCGGAUGCUACAGCGCGAUGCCUGUGGUUGUCUGCUGGUUCGCAAUGAACCUCGGUGGCCACCGGCGCCGCAGCGUUGGCACCGCAUGGCAGGUUGGUUUUGGAAACAUCGGCGGGAUCAUCGCUACGUAUUCUUUCCUUGCAAAGGACAAGGCCAACCACUACAAGCCUGGUUUCAGCAUUGGUGUCUCUUUCCUUGCCUUCUCUUGCGCAUGCUGCAUCGCCUACUUCCUGGCGAUUUGGCAUCAGAACCGACAACGGGAGCGCAUUAUGGCGAGCGGUGACCCUAGUUAUGUUGAAGAAGAUGGGGAGCGUCUGGGAGAUAUGGCGACAAAGUUCCGCUAUGCGUAUUGA